CUGAGUGCUGAGCAAACCCCGGCAGUGAAAGGCAGGAAGAGAACAAGAAGAGACGCAAGGAGGAAGAGAAGGGGGUGUGACGAGAGCAUGCACUUUUAGAAGAAGCUGCUCGAUAGAUUUCUGCAAGUCUAAGGAACUGAAAAGUUUUUCAACGUUCUUCUCCCCUUGGAACUGUCGAUUUCUUUAAUGAGUGCUACAAGUGUUCUGAGGUCUUUCAGCCCAUCAGCAAUGCCUGGUCCAGUCAUGCCCAUAGACGUGGCUAUGCGAUUCUACAUCAGCCACUCUCCGCCACCUCUGCGAGGUUUCCUCAGCUCAUAUGAGGAUCUGCACAAGGCCAAGAACAGAGUCAACCAAUCGACCACCUGCAGCCACAAGCAGCAGCUCUACAAACCCCUGCGGCCCUGCCUCAGCAACCAGCAAAAGGCUGUGGCUGAUGGCAGAUGUGAGGGCUGGAACAACAACAAUGCAGGCAAGAAAAAGGUGGUGUUCGCAGAUAUGAAGGGAAUGUCACUCACUGCCAUCCAUGUCUUCUCAAAAUUCGAUGAUGAGCCAUAUCAGAACAAACGUUGCGGGGGAAUCUCUGAGGACCUGCAGUUUGACAUGGCAGACCUUGAAGCAGCCACAAUGGAUCUUAAGAUCAGCUCAGUGCGAAGCCUUGCGCUGGACUUCAAACAACCCUCAGCAGACUACCUGGAUUUCAGGAACCGUCUGAUUAAGAAUUCAGUGUGCUUGGAGAACUGCUCACUGCAGGAGCGCUCUCUGACCGGCACCAUCAAGGUCCGAAACAUUGGAUUUGAGAAGUCAGUGCAGUUGCGUGCCACCUUUGACUCGUGGGCCAGCUUCACCGACAUUGAGUGCACCUUCAUGAAUAACGUCUACAGCUGCCAGGACAGUGACACCUUUGCGUUCGUCCUGGAUUUGCCCACUCACAUCCCGCAACAAAAUCGGAUUGAGUUCUGCCUCUGCUUCAAAACUCAGCACCAGACCUUCUGGGACAACAAUGAUGGCAAGAACUAUGGUCUCAAGCGUGUUGGCUGGAACGGAGAGGACCUGAACAUGGAGACACAUCCUACCUGUGCUGAGCAGAAGAAACCAUCAGAGCACAAAAAUGGAGGUGUGAAGGUGCUGGAGAUGGAGUUUGAUCAGUUUGGCAGCCCGCGCAUGUCAAGUGGACUCUUCCCUGGCUGGCAGAGCUGGGGUCAGAUCGAUAAUGCUGUGCCCUAUUGGUGAAAAACUCAGUUUUUGCUGAAAUGGUACUUAAAUAAGAUAGCAGACACUGACUGGGCAUUCAGUACGAACCCAGCUGUGGGUUCAGCUGAGACUGGCCCCCAGCCAGAAACCGGGCUGAAGCAAACAACCUCGGCUUAUUUGGCUGAGCUUGUCCACAAACCAGACAGAAACCUAACUGUAAUGUGCUCAACUGACCUGCUUUUUGUCGUAACACAUUUAUUUUUGGCCUGAGAGACUUGAUGUUCUGUGGUUGGAGGAUGAAGGAUUUUGAUGUUAUACAUAUUCCUCUUUUGUAAAAUACGGAUGUGCCUUGUCAGAGUGCCUACCCACUGAAACACAGACUAAUUGUAAAUUAUGCACUGAUUGAGAUAUCCCUCUCAAUGUGAUGUCUGUAAACUGAAGAAGUGGGAGUGGAGCUGAUUAAGUCCUUCAUAUUGAAGGGAAAGUACAGGGAGUGCAAGGCGACAGAAUGCUUCUCUACUAAAAGAAAUGUAGCUGAUAUAUUUCUAAUACAAAUGCACACUAAACUUUUGCACCUUCAAAGCAGACACAUAAUUAAACAUGAUUCAAAAUGGCCUUAAUUUUGAAAUUGAGUCAUGCAGCCCUUUCUUUCCCUCCAUGUAAACGGCACAGGUGUAUGAGAUGAGAUAUGUUUGGCUGAUGUAAUUUUGAGGUAAGUGUUUUAAGGAACUCAGCUGCUAUCGACAGAGGUGUCACAAGAUAGACUCUGCAUGUGAUUGGUUGUCUCGAACAGGGAAGAAGUUUAGUAAUUUAUGUGGUUAAGGUAUGUGAGGAAAUGGAAUGAUGUAAAGUCUGAAUGUUUUUAUUUGCUUGUAUUCACAAGUGCAAUUCUGUGAUGGGUGUACAGUAUGUGUGGUUGGAACGAAGAAGUGUCGCCGUGAAGAAAGGUCUGUGCCCCGAGAUGUGUGUGUUUCACUUGAAGGUGUGUUGCUGACAUGCACUCUGUAAGUCAUGUAUUUCCUUUUCUGAAAUAAAUUUCUAUAUUUGUGCAAAAAUA